AUGAGCAUCAUCAAACGUUGGUUUCUACUGGCGAUAAUUACGACCACCAUUGUUUCCGUACGAACUCAACCAAUACCUCCGACAAUCUUCGACACAAGUUCAGCGAUUUUGGGAGAUAUUGACGACACAACUCGCCAGCAAGCACCUUCGCAGUCGAAUCUGGCCCGUAUGCCUACUCAAUUGGCGUCUUCUCGGUCUGCCCCCGCAGCUCCUGUUCAAGAUGCUUCCUUUGGGGAUGGUUCGCGGAACUUUCUCAUGCAACUUCCGAUGGUACGAACAGACGUCGUCAGAUCGAUCCUUUCCGACAGAUUUUCGAUCGAAUCCAACUUUGCUUUCCAGCAGCUUCUCGGCCCGGACGAGCGAAAGGCUUUGUAUGAUUUGGCUGAGAAUCAUAUGAAGAAGCCUGGAGCAACUUGGUUAUAUGCAGUGGUGGAUGAGCCUCAACUCGACCUCACUUACAAGAAGCAGCUGUACGUGGCUGCGCCGAUCCCACAGUAUGAGUGGAAGAAAGCGGUAGGCUUGCACAUUGCUCCGCAAAGUGAGCAUUGGCUUCCAUUUAUCUUCUACAAAGCGAUAGUUGACCGCAGCAAAUGGAGUCGUUUCAGAUUAGCAGGAAUAGAAGUGGUGAGGGAGCCGGAAGAAGCAGUAAGGGUGCUGUUCUCAAAUGAUAAACGCGAAACACUCCACGAUAUUGCCGGCCAUCUCGGCCUGGCUGUCAAUCUUAUCUAG